GUCACGUGUCCAAACAAACGCAGUGGUGUGGAGUAAAGUUGGACAACGUUUUGCUAUGACCAGGAGAUUAUAUGGAAUACAGUCUCGUUUUGCCGAUAUGUUAUUGUUAUAGCUAUAUGCAGACAUACUGAUAUGUUAUUCUUAUAGCUAUAUGCAGACAUAAUCGCAUUUGUUAAAGUCACUUAUUCAACGUCGUCUUUGGGAUUAAUGGCGUCCUAUGUGUGGCUAUCAUUAUUAUUCAACCUAACGCUGUGUGUGUCAGCUCUUUUCUCUUCUUAUAAAGUCUUUAAGGAUCACAGAGCUCCCUCAGUUGGACUCUUGCUGGUUGGACUCUCUGCAGGACUUUGUGUUUUUCCUUCCUCAAGCCCACUCCUCACCUCCAUCCAGAAAGAUGCAGUCUGGGCCGGGGAGAUUCUGGCUCCAUCAUUACUGGCCUUCCACUUCCUGUGGCUGAGUGAGGAUCACAGCACAGCAUGCAUUCUCUUGGUUGGCUCCUGCCUGCUGCUGGGACUGUGUGACAGUCUGUCAGCAGAUACACUGGUAGUCCUGAGUCGCUGCCUGGGCCUGGCGUCCUUGUCCUGCUGCCUCAUGGUGUGUCUGCUUGCUGGAAACCUGACAGGGGCCCUGACCAGCGUAGCUAUCAGCCUGCCUGUCCUUUUGGCUCCCACUUUUGGGAGAGACACUUUUGCAUCACUCACCUCCCCGGCCGCCAAUGGGGGAAUGAUGAGGUUGUUUUUGAAAGGGUCCAUGUGCAUAGGCUGUUGGGCCUCCACACGUUCCCUGCACAAGUUUCUGUUGGACGUGACUGACCGAUAUAAUUUACACAUAUAGAACUUUGCUCAUGCACGAGUCACAACAUUAUUUUCUCCUUAUACAGGUGCAUCUCCGAAAAUUUGAUUUUCUUUUCAUUUGAUUUCAGGAGUCCAAUUCAGAGACUAAUGAAAGGCGGAGGAAGUUUUUGCAGUUUAUUUGCUGAUUAGUCGUUUGCAAUAUUCAACUUUAGAACAAUUUUUCUAAUUUAUGAGAUACUAAAUUUGGGGUUAUUAUUAGCUGGAAUCUAUAAUUAAAAUUAUGAGGAAAUUAAGAAAUACAUUCUUGAAAUAUUUCACUGCAUUGAGAGUUUACUGAAACUACUCAAAUAAACCACAUUUCACCUGUAUAGUCAAUAAUUCUCACACAUUUUCCUUCGGUCCUAGUUUAAUGUUUGUAGGGGAAUAAAUGCUGCAUUUAUGUACACAAUUCCCUUGUGUUGAAACGUACAAUGAAACACUAUUAACAAAGAUGACUUUAGCCUUCUUAGUGGUCACACGAGCAAAACAAAGCGUCUUCUUCUCACAUUCUUAAAAGCCUCUGAUGAGGCGGGUCCUUCUUUUGAAAUAAAAAGCCAAACAUGGAUGGAACAGUGGUGCACUGACAUCUCAUGUUACAGCUGCUCAAACUACAACCUUUAGUUCGACUUUAUAGGCUUUUUUAUGUGGCAUUCUGCUUGAAUUCUUAAUUGUACAACAUCAGGGGCAUACAUGUUUGGAUUGUAUUUGUAUUCAGUUGCUAAACUUUGAUUUGACCAUAUGUAUUCCAUGUCAUCCCAUAUUGUAGUAAUUUUCACCAAUUAUAAAUAAGCAUCAGUGGUCCCUCAGUAGUGUAUUGGAAGUGUGUUAGCCUUGAUCCUGGAAUUUAGACAGUUGAAAAGUGCUUUGUCCACACCUGCCUCUGAAAACAUUUGGCUCCCAAGUUGGUAGCUGACUGAUGGAGCUCCAGGCUUUAUUUUAAGAUGUGUAGCGAAGCCUUUUUAAUAUAUAUAUAUAUAUAUAUAUAUAUAUAUAGGUGUAUCUAACUAGGGGCAAGUCAGAGGUUGUAUCAUAUCCACGACAGAACUUUAAAAGCGGCUGUCUUCUCCCAAAAGUGGAACAAACAAGUGAGGGAACUGAUAGAUUUUUUUUGGUGCUCAUAAACAGACUGCAAGGACCCAUUUUCCUGCUCCAACAUCAUUUAAAAAGUCUAUUUCGCAUAAUAUGGAACAUUUAGGCCAUAGCAUUUAUUGGCUUAUUUUGUGUACAUAUAUUAAUGUUGUGCCUUAAAGUGUUGACAUGUUUACACAUAAUCAAUCAGAUAUGAAGUUUGCUCCUCACUUGCGCAUUAAUCAGUUGAAUCACGACUUGUCAGUCCUCCACUGCAGCUGAUGGAGGCUCUGCACUGAGCAUGCUCGCUGCAGAUGCCGCCUGUAAAUGGGCCAAGAGUGCAGAGGAGGAGGAGAAAGGGGAGGAGAGAGCGUUUGAUGGGAUGCUGUUGCAGCUCUUGAGAAAAGGAGCUGCAUGCAUGGAGAAGACGUGUCAUUGACAACAUGGAUGGAGCCUGAUAGGGGAAUGCAAAUGCCUGGGACUGUGGAUUACAAUAUUUGCUAAGGAACUGUUGCACAGCGGGGACAUGUACGCCUUCUACUCCCUUUUAGUCUAUAUCUUCUACACCGUCUUCAAGAAGGAGGAGGAGGAGGACACCUUGGAGGCAUCAUGUGGAGCCUCUGCAGACGAGCCAAGACCUGUUUCCAUGGAAACAGGGAGCAGAAAGAAAGAUGGCCACACCCCCAAAAUGAGAAAGAAGGCCUAUGCUCGGCUGAGUGACUCUAGCAGUAGCAGUGACAGUGAUGAGUUGUCCCCAAGUGAUGAAGAUGAGGAUGCCACGGAUAUCCCAGCAUGCACUCCUCUGGCAGCGUUUCUGUCCUUCAAGCAGGAGUCUGACAAGAGGAGAGCCUCACAGGGCCAGCUGGAGUCAACAGGAAAGUUAGGAGAGUCCCCCUUGAUGGCCGUCAUGUCCCACUUGCUGAGCUUCCUGGAGCAGUACUCACACUUCCAGCAGCUGCAGCAGCAAGCCGAGCAGUACCGCCUCCAGCUCAAGAGGCACCGCGUGCAGCACAGACGCCAGAUGAAGGCGCUGCGGGCCUCCUACCGCCAGCGCCUCAAGGACAAGAAGAGCAUCAUUUGUAACCUGGAGGAAGCCGUCAGCCAGCAGCUGAGCCCACACGACGACGGCCAGUGUGUCAAUGUUGAGGGGGCUCAGGCCAGGGUUCACUGCCUUGUGGAGUCCCUGUACGGCCUGCAGGGUGAACGCAGCAAGCUGAGAGGAGAACUGCACCUCCUGCGUUCUCAGCUGGAGCAGAAGGACACAGAUAGACAUUCGCGUAUCCUGGCCUUUCAGCAGCAGAUCGAUGAGCUGAAGAGUGGCAUUGAAGAGCGCGAGGAGGAGCUGUCGAGACUCAGAACAGCCACUGGGGCCACAGACUCAGAAAAACGUGUGUUGUGUCUUUCGGCGGAGAAUGAGAGUCUCAAGCAGAGCCUGACUGUCACUCAAGGCCUCCUGCAGCAGCUGACCACCGUCCCCUCACAGUCCAACACCAUGCUCCUCAAGGAAAACGAGAAUCUGCGAAGCAGGGUGCAGCAGCUGGAGGCCUCCCUACAGCAACGCGCUGAGCGGCUGUUGCAGUUGGAGCAGCGGAGUGAGCGCAGCGAGUGGAGGAGAGGGCAGGAGCUGAGGAGGCGAGAGGAUCGAGUGAGGGAGCUUCAGCUGGAGUUGGACAGAGAGCGAGGCAAGGAGCCAGUGGUGAAGUAUGUCACCCAGACCGUCGAGGUGGAAUCUCCCGCCACUCUCAAGCAGCUCACCAAAGCCAGACAGAGGAACGAGCUGCUGUCCGAGAAGCUGACCAAUCAGAACGAGCGGUGCAAACAGUUGGAGGAGCAAAUCAGGAAAUCGGAUGAAUACAGCUGCAAUCUGCAACACAAGAUAGCAGCUUAUGAGCGAGAGAUCGGCCAGCUGAGGGAGGAGUUGCUGAAGGAGAUCGGCCACUUGGAGGAAAGGAAGGAGGAGGCCGUGAAGGCCGCUGCAAACUGCUCGGCAGAACACUUUCAGGACCUGCAGCACCAAUUCUUUACUUUACAGAAGCGUUUGACUGCCCUCCCCCCAACUCUACGCUGCAUGAAAACAGACUACGCCAGCCUGAGGAGCCAAGUGAGGAACUUCUCAGAGUUUUACGGAGCAGCGAUAAAGGAGGCGAAGAAGCAGGUUUCAGCAGCAAUCUCUGAGAUGUCUGAGGCCAACAGAGACCUUCUGGAGAAGUACAGGAAGGAGGCCGCACUGCGCAGGAAGUUGCAUGAGCAGCUAGUGGAGCUAAAAGGCAACAUUCGUGUGCUGUGUCGUGUGAAACCUGUGCUGAAAGAGGACCAACACGAGGAAGGCCAAUCGGUGGUGGUGACCACAGACCCAAAUAACGAGUCCUCUCUGAAUGUGCUGAGCAAAGGGAAAGGUCGCACCUUUGAGCUGGACAAGGUCUUCCAUCCUCAGGCUACACAGGAAGAGGUCUUCCAGGAGAUUGAGCCUCUUGUGACGUCCUGCAUUGAUGGCUACCAUGUCUGCAUAUUUGCUUAUGGACAGACUGGCUCUGGAAAAACAUACACCAUGGAGGGCAGCGUUGAGAACCCUGGCAUCAACCAGAGGGCCCUCAAACAUCUCUUUAGUGAGAUGGAGGAGAGGAAGGACAUGUGGUCAUACACGGUCACCGUCAGCUCUGUGGAGAUCUACAAUGAGGUGCUAAGGGAUCUUCUGAGUAAGGACGGAGAGAAACUGGACAUCAAAAUCAACCCGGACGGAACAGGACAGCUGCAUGUGCCGGGCCUCAGGGUCAUAGAGGUUAAGAGCUUCCAGCAUAUCAAGAAGAUAUUAGCCACAGCCCGCAGGAACAGGAUCACAUUUGGCACUCAGAUGAACCAACACAGCUCUCGCUCUCAUGCUCUACUCUGCAUCACCGUUCAGGGCACGGACCUUGCCACCGGCUCCAAAACCACCGGCAAGUUGAACCUCGUUGACCUGGCGGGAUCAGAGAGGGUAUGGAAGUCUGGUGCAGAGGGCGAGAGGCUGAAGGAGGCCCAAAAUAUAAACCGAUCCCUGUUGGCCCUUGGGGAUGUCAUCCAAGCACUGAGAGCGCGGCAGACCCACAUCCCAUUCAGAAACUCUCGCCUUACGUACUUGUUGCAGGACUCUCUGGGUAAAGGCAGCAAGACAGCAAUGGUGGUGCAGGUGUCGUCUCUGGAGAGUAACAUAGGGGAGACAUUGUGCUCGCUGAAGUUUGCCCAGAGGGUGUGCAAGGUGGAGCUCGGCCCUGCAGCCAGGAAGAUUGAAUCUGGCGGGGGGCAGUGCGACUAAGUCAACAACUUCCUGUUGCUGGACACACACACACACCAGUCACACUUUACCAUAUCCAACAAACAGCUAUCAUGCUCAAGGGCUAAAACUGUCUUAGUCAGCAUUAAUACUUAACUGACAUAAGACAGGUGAGCACCUUUUGCCACAGUUGAAGGCAUGCAGGAAUAUUUCUACCUUCACUGCGAGUGCCAAAGCAAUGUCUGCGUCCACCACAAUGUAUGCUUCUAUGUGUCCGGGAGCCACUAUUCUCUUUCCUUUACAACAAUUCAGGAUCUCCUCCCCAACAUUUGUUUAGCACAUUGCCAUAUUCCUUGUGAUGUCUGUUUUUGAAGGUACUGUAGUUCUUGUGUAGCUUUUAAUGACACGCAAGUCACAUAUUUAUGUAGUUUAUCUGAAGAUGUUUCGCUUUAGAGCCUUAUUUGUUUGCCUUUUAAGAAGGCCAAUGGCAGUCAAGUGAGUAGGUGGCCUUGUGUAGUACUGAUGAAUAGUGCAGUAUGCACCUGACGGAGCAGAUUCGUGGGCCUAUGUGGACACAAGAUGCACUUUAUAGUAAAUGAAUAGGAUGCGUUUAUGUCAGACCAGUUAUUGAGUUGCUUGCAAUAGAUAUCACUAGUGAACGGCAUACCAAAAAACAGGUUUCUGCCAUCAGUUCAAGUAUGCCACCCUUUGAAUCAAAACUACCUUUGAUUCACUUGUAGCAAGGCAUCAGUGUAACGAUUCAUGUGUUCACUUGAGUGAUAGUUUUCUGAUAGUUAUAAUGGAUUUAGAAAGUGUGGACCACAUUUGGGAAAAAAAAUACAAAUUUACUUUCAAAACAUUACAGCAACAAAUAUGUAUACAGAUUGUAUCCUUGGAUUUUUAUGAUACAAAAAUAAAAAGGCAAGACUGGCCAAUGCUGCCAUGACAUGCCAUGUGACAAAA